AUGUUGCUCUUCGGCCUUGGGAAACUUGUGUACACUAUCGUUCUUCUCAUUAAUGCCAUCGCUGUCCUGUCCGAAGACCGCUUCCUCGCUCGCAUCGGAUGGGGCCGAACACAAGCUGAGCCAGGCUUUGGCGCGACCUAUGACGGUACCAGCGUAAAGGCGAAAUCCAUCAACCUGAUUGCCAGUGUGCGGACAGUGAUGCGGAUACCACUCAUCGUCAUUAACACUGUCAUCAUUGUAUACGAACUUAUCCUCGGCUGA